UUAAAUUACUGUUAAAUCUAUAGCAUAAAACAUAAUUUGUUUACGGUAUUGCAAAUAAUUUUUAGAAUAUUAUACAAACCAGUAUAAUUGGUGAAGUAUAACACCGUCAUAGAAAUUAAUCUUUGUUUUGUAAAAUCAAAACACUAUUUAUUCCUUUGUAAAUUCGUAUCUUUAUACACAGACACAAUGUCACCGCCAACAAUUAGGUCAUCUCAAGGAAACACAACAACUCAGACCCAAGGGCCGCAAUAUGCCAAAGUAUUUGUCCAACGCGAUUACUCUGAUGGUACAGCUGUUAAAUUCAUGACAAAUUUUCCACAAGGGCUUGAAAACAAAAUUGAGCGUUCAGUUUUUGAGUAUACAAUCAAUCAGUUAAAUACAUAUUUUGCUGAAGCAGAAAAAGCAUCAUGUAAAACAUACUGUGAAGGUUGUUUUGCUUGUUUUACUGUUUACACCAUGUUUCUAUGUGCAGAUACACACUAUGAAAAAUGUUUACGAAAAGUUGGAAAAUUUAUAGUAGAACAAAAUGAAAUGGUGUAUUUACCAAGAGGUUUACUGCUGACUAAUCCUGCUGAAAGAGGGCUGAGAAUUAUUGAAAUCACUAUGCUAGAUCAACCUAUAGUAGCUAGAACAUGACUUACAUUAUCCGUUUCGACGGAAGAAUUCUUCAUGUAAAAAUUGGCUAGUUGUAUUUGUAGAACGUAAAACAAAUACAACCACUACAAUUAAUAGUCA